GUGUUUAAUUAGAAAUAGUAAAUAAACAUGGCGGACAUUCCAAAAGUGAAAGAUGUGUGAACGCUCUCUUCCUUAACAAAUUAAUCAUGUUAUCCGUGCAUUUUCACCAGUCUCGAAACCGUCACAGUGUACGAUGUCCGACAGUCACCUUCCUGCUAUCAUUGCAGGCCUUCUUGUCGGAUUCGCAGUGAUUUAUUUCGUCUUUCAGCGGUACAAGCGGAAGAGUUCGAAAACGAGCAAGCGCCGUACUCGCACUGGUCCUGCAGUUGCAAACUCGACGCUGAGUGGCCACUUGCAAAAACUUUUGGGGGAGUCGUCACUGAAUGAAUUCGGCAAUAUGGCGAUGGCAGACUUGCAAAGAAAACCAGAACAUUCUGUGGACUCGUACCAAACGGAUUGCCAGGGGAAGGAGUAUGUCAGUGCACCAAAAAUGAAAAAUAGUUGCCUGACCUACCCAGACACCAAGUAUGUGAAGGAUCUGAGUAAUCCUAUCUACCGAGCCAUCUCCAGGAGGAACGGAGAGAUUAAUCGCAUGAGCAAAGAGGAGAUGAAAGACACACUGGCUAAGCUCAGGCUCAAUACAAGAGGAAUUGGUGAAAUCUUGCGAGCCAGGCUAAAGACGUACUACAAGAAUCUCUUGAUGGGUCAGGCGGGGCUUGAAACGCCUUCCACCCAACGCAACUUUGACUACCUGUGUGUGAUUGACUUUGAGGCCACCUGUGAGGAACCCACGCCCAUUGAUUACAUCCAGGAGAUUAUUGAGUUUCCUAUCGUACUGGUCAAUACCAAGACCAUGGAAAUUGAGGAUAGUUUUGAUUCGUUCAUCAAACCUUUAUUAAAUCCGAGGCUGUCCAAGUUCUGUAAGGAGUUGACAAGCAUUACGCAGGUAGAAGUUGACAAAGCAGACACAUUCCCUGUGGUUCUCAGCCAAGUCCAUCGAUGGAUGAAGAGCAAGGCGUUGGGGACAGAGCACAGUUUUAUCAUCGUCACAGAUGGACCGUGGGACAUGAACAUGUAUUUAAACGUCCAGUGCAAGUUGAGCCAGGUUCCCUACCCAGCUUAUGCACGUCAGUGGAUUAACCUGUGCAAGACCUUCAGUAACUUCUACAAGACCAAACGCAUGUGUCUUAGGAACAUGCUAGGAGCACUAGAGAUGGGUUUCGAUGGCCGGCCUCACAGGGGCAAAGACGACGCAAUGAACAUUGCCAAUAUCGCCAUCCGACUUAUGCAAGAUGGUUGCGAACUAGAGGUCAACGACCGACUGUGCCAGUAACCAUGUCUGGUUCCCACACUCCAAAGAUAUUCCAGGUAGCCUUUUGAAAUAGAUGUUACAGGGAUUGCUGUAGGCAACAGACUGAAACAUUAAACUUGCUCAAGUCUUUUCUCAAAUCUUAUAUUGAUAUGUACAUGUAUGUAAGUCCAUAACUCUUUUGAGAAUAGAAUUUAUUGACGUUCAAGCCAGCAUUUUAUCUUAUUGUCUUUAGCAGGUACCAUUUUGGGUCAUUGUAUUGGCUUACCGAACACUGACAGGUCAAAUUAUACUACUAGUUUAAUGCCUCCAGCAAACGUAGUUGGAAGAUUUUUUUCAGUUGGCAACCUGUCAAAAUGGUCAGAAAUAGUCAUGCUUUUCUUUAGUGUCGUAAUAUUUAGGUGCCAAAUGUAUAAAUGUAGGUUUAUAGUGAGAAUGGAAAUAUUUGCAGGGUACCAGCUUCCAACCAAGCCAGUCAUGCGCAAAUAACGGUCACCAGUGACUUCGCUCGUACCCACUGCCCUCAAAUAGGGCGCUGGGAAGGGCUAACCUCCUUCGCAAAUUUUUGUGAAGGAAGUUCAGGCACGCAAAGCAUUGUGGGUAGCUUACUGCCUCAUCCAGUGCAGGUAUGUUCUGUGCUUACGUGUUGUGCACGGGCGGAAAGGUUGACACGGUUAUUGUUUAAACAAAUUGUGUCCAAUGAGGGCUUGAGCAAAUUACGUCAUGCAUCCAGGAAAACAUAGCCCUUCCUAGCAAUCUGUUUCAGGGCAUUGGGUACGAGCGAAUUGCAAAUUGUAGUUAGUUUUUAAUUUUUGUGAACGCCCACUUUUUGUCUCAUUUUGGAACCUUGAAGAUUUAGUCUGAGAUAUUUGAAAAAACUGCUUAUGUGAAACCAAAUCAGGCCAGGUGGUUCCAUAAAAAAAAGAAUAACAAUAAAAACUUAAUUUUAGUCACAAAACCUUUUUUGUAAAACAAACUAAAUACUUUUUUUUCAGUUUGUAAUCUUAACUGUCUAAAUUCUUCCUACAUUAACAAAAUUCCAUCUAAGGGAUUUUUUUUUUUUUUUAUAUUUAGAGAAUUUUUACAAAAAAUGAUGAUUUUGUUUGAGGUUGUUUGUUUGCGUGUGCUUGUCUGUGUGUAAGUGUGCUGUGAUUUAAUGUUUAAAUUAAUUUUAAAAGUUUGGCAUUCAGUUUGUGUUAAUUGCCUAAGCAUUUAGUUGUAAGAAAAAAAAACUAAAACAUCUUAUAAGUGAUCGAGUUCCAAGAAUAACUUAUAAAUCCGUUCUUUAUGUGUGACUAUUCCAUUUGAAAAAAAAAAAUUAAUAAAUUGUAAUAUUUAUUCUCCCAUCAUCA